CACAUCUCGCGAACUCUCCGCCUUUCCCUCUUUUUCCUGUUUCUUCUCGAAAAAUCUUUACUAUUCGACACUUUUUGUGAACAUUUAUUUUUCUACUGAAACUUCUGAAAAUGGCUGUAAAAAAGAAUAAGAAUGUGCCAAAACAGGAGGAUCCAUUGGUUCAGAAAGACGAAAUUUCGUCGAUUCAUGCUAGAAUUAAGAUUUUCGAGACACCGUUCGCCACUCAAGUUCUCAAUCCAAAAGUGAGCGAAUUCUGUGCAAACUGUCUUCGUGGUCCUGCUCCAGGAGAGAAGCUUCUUCGUUGUGGUGGAUGUAAUUUCUCAAUGUAUUGUAGUAAAGAGUGUCAGGCAACUGCCUGGUUAGUUCAUAAACCAGAAUGCAAAAGACUGAAAGCUAGCUUCCCAAAUCUUCCACUCACUGAAGUUUUGUUCCUUUCAAAAGUUAUCGAUCGUAUUCAGUUUUUGGAGAAAAAUGGAGAUAAAUUGGGAAUUGAGGCAGAGAGGAAAUUCUCGAGUUUGGUUGACCAUAAGGUUGAUAUCAGAGACGACGAGGAGAAGAUGGCUCAUUUUGAGAAAAUCUUCGAGAAAAUGGGAGCCUUCCGAGGAGAGGAAAUGAUUGAAAAAGGCGAAUUCUUCGAUGUAUUCUGUAAGGCUACAAUCAAUUCUCACAGUAUUCACACAAAUGCUGGAAAUGAAGUCGGAAUGGCUCUUGAUUUGGGUGUUUCAAAGUAUAAUCAUUCAUGUCGUCCAACAUGUUCAAUGGUUUUUGAUGGAUAUCGUGUAUGUCUUCGACCACUGGUUCCAGGUGUUGAUGCUGAAAAUACUGAAGAAGCAUUCAUUUCGUAUAUUGAUGUGGGAAGAAGCAAGUAUAUUCGAAGAAGAGAUUUAAAUUCAAGAUGGUAUUUUAAUUGUGAAUGUACAAGAUGUAUGGAUCCAGAAGAUGAUGCAUUGACAGCUAUUCGAUGUGCAAAUCCGGCUUGUGAUGCUCCAAUUCUAACAUCUGAAACUGAAGAACCAAUGAACAUUGCUUGUGAAAAAUGCAAAACGAUUGUCGAAGAGGAUACUGUAAAAGCAGCUCAAGAAUACAUGAAAACCCUUCCAGCAUCAUUUGAUCCAAAGUGUCCAGCAGAAAUUCUCAAAGAACUCCUUGCAAAAGCCGAACAAAUACUGCAUCCAUCAAAUGUCUACGUGGCAAGACUCAGAACCGCAUUAUUCCACGUCACAGGAACUCUUACGAUGGAUAAUCUAUCCUCAAUGCAUACACAAAUCUACAACAACUAUAAAAUGUGUUUCCCGAAAGCAGAUCGACACGUUGGAUUCCAACUUCUUCAUAUUGUAAAAGCAUUAAUUGAAAAAGACGAGAGAGAUGAAGCCAUGCCAUACGCAUUUGAUGCUAUGAAUAUUUUCGAAGUUUGCUUUGGAUUAGACCAUCCAUAUUACCUUCAAACUCUUGCAUUGUGGACUUAUUUAGAGAAAAAGAUUCCAAAAUCAACCGAAGAACUCGUUCAACUCACAAAUUUCUCCGAUAAUCGUCCAAUUGAUAUUGUGAGCCUCCUGAAAAGAGCCAACAUGCUUCCACCGCCACCGUAUGCUGCUGGUACUCCAGGUGUUGCUUAACCGGUUAAAAAUUUUGCUUCAUAAAAUUUUUAAUUUUGUUUUAUUUUUUCAAUUGUUGGUAGCCCAACGUUCCUGCUAAUUUGUUAUACGUUCCUCUGCAAUAAAUAAUUGGUUUUUAAAAAAUUCAU